AUGUCUCUGUGCUUGAAGAAUGUCAGGAGCUCUGACAAAGGGUCAUACACUUGUGUGGUCUCUUUCAAAGACACCUACCAUGAUGUGUUGAUUGAACUGCAAGUGGCAGGUCGACUGAAAACAGAGCUGGAUUUCUGGGAAGCCAGAAGCCAUGCAGUUCCCAUUACUGUGAAUGCUGACUGCCAAGUCCUGGAGCUCCAGGUGCCAGGGGCUCCAGAUGUGGGGAGCAACACGUCUGAACCUGCUGUCCCGAAUGCUGCCUCCACGGUUCCUGUCCUGGUGGGGAAGGCAGGGUUCUCAGCUGGGAAACACUACUGGGAGGUGGACGUGGGCCAGCAGCAGGACUGGGUGCUGGGGGUGCUGAGGAAGACAGGGAGACCGAAGGAGGAAGGGUUCCUUCCUGGAGAGCACUACUGGGCUCUGCACAGAUCCCAGGGAGACAUUUUCUCUAGCGAAGGAGACCACCGGAUUGCGAAGCAGCAGAUGAGUGAUUCAGUGAUUGGUGUGCAUGUGGAGUUGGAGAAAGGGCAAGUGAGCUUUUAUGAAGCAAAGCAGAUGGGCAUCAUGGUGAGCAUGCCUCUAAGGCUUGGAAAGGACCCUGCGGAAAUGUUUUACCCAUUUCUAUCCAAAAAGGAAGGGGAGCACACACCUGCUAUCCACCCGGUCUUAAUCCCUGUCCCUUUGGAGACACUGUAA